CUUGUAUAUUAUUCGUAAUUGGGCGUUUGAAUAGGGCACAAUACUGCAAAUGUUCCACAUAAAUAUUCAAUUAACAUAGCUUAAACUUAGAAGGGAGAUAACGGAGGAAGAAAACACCAAAAUUUUGAGGCAUUGUUCAUUGAAUUGCGAUAUAAUUGUUCGUAAGAUACAAAGAGAUAAAGAUGAGAGAAUAUAAGAUUGUUGUCCUAGGAAGUGGUGGUGUUGGUAAAUCAGCUCUAACAGUGCAGUUUGUACAGGGGAUAUUUGUAGAGAAAUAUGACCCUACUAUUGAAGACAGUUAUAGAAAACAAGUAGAAGUUAAUGGAUGUCAAUGUAUGUUGGAAAUAUUAGAUACAGCUGGAACGGAACAAUUUACGGCUAUGAGAGAUCUGUACAUGAAAAAUGGACAAGGGUUUUUGUUAGUUUAUUCCAUAACAGCUCAGUCAACCUUCAAUGAUCUUCAAGAUCUACGUGAACAAAUUCUACGAGUUAAAGAUACUGAGGAUGUACCUAUGAUUUUAGUUGGUAACAAGUGUGAUUUAGAAGAUGAAAGAGUUGUAGGAAAGGACCAAGGUGCUAAUUUAGCUCGUAAUUUUAACUGUGGUUUUCUAGAGACUUCCGCUAAAGCUAAAGUUAAUGUUGGUGAAAUAUUUUGUGACCUAGUUCGACUAAUCAACCAAAAAAAUCCAGAAAAAGUACCGAAACGCAAGAAGAAAUCCAAUUGUGCUUUACUAUAAAUGAUCAGAUAUGACCUUGGCUGAUUUUCUUCGCAAGAUUAAUGGAAAUGUGGUUUAAAUGAAAAGAAAACUGAUUUUAAAAAAAAGGCAUUCAGUAAUUACUAUGGCAAUAUAAUUAUUAUUGUUUAUUAAACAGUUGACUUAUGUUCCUUAUUAAAUGUAAAUGCUGUCUAAAAUACAAUUUCGAUUGUGUUUCAUAUUAGCAUUGUUUUUCUAAUAAAGAAAUCCAAUCAAUUGUUUCCUUUGGCUUCAGUAUCUUAUAUCCUAUGUAUAAAUAUAACAUGGACUUAAGUUUUUUUAAUUUAAAAACUUCUAUUUAGAUAUGAAACCCUUCAUUGUAAUUAGUUUGUACAUAUAUAAUUAAUUAAUUGUAUUAUUAAAGUUUGGUUGAAGGGUAUGAAGAGGGUAGGAUAACUUAUGAUUACUUUCAGUCACAACUAAUUCAAAAUAGUUUUACACAUUGAAGAAGAAGAUUAGCAAGUGAAGUUUACACAUUGAAGAAGAAGAUUAGCAAGUGAAGUUUAUCAAAUGUACAAAUUUUUCCAGUUUUCUUUGAAAUUUGUGUAUGUACUAAAUUUCUCACAUGAUUCAUAGUUGUUUCCAAAUAUCAUGCAAAAUAAAACAUUGAUGACAUUAAUAAUCAUUACUUUUUUACUUGAACAGAAACAAAUUGUGUGUUAUUUGCUUGUUUUUGCUAAUAAAACACAUGCUAUAUAUAUAAUCUGUAGAACUAGUUGUGAGAUCGUUUGAGUUGAUUGUCUUGGAAUGAAAGUUUGUUUUGCGAUAUAGUUAGAGCGGACCAUUUUCAAUCAACCAUUAGUCUUAUUAACGAAGUAAUAUACAGUAAAAGAUUUACCUGCAGUAAUGGAUCAGGUUCUAAUCAUUAAGACAGUAUUACACUAACUACAGAUAACUUUUGGUAUAAGCUUAGUAUGGACAACUGUCGUCAUGAAAACCCUUGUUAAAACUGUUAUGUAAUAAUCAUACGAUAAUUCUUUGUUUAAUAAUCAUUUUCUAUUUAUUGUUGUAGUCUCUAUUAUAGCCUUUUUACCAACACAUUUAAUAUUGUUAUUCCCUUAGAUUUUAAUUUGUUACUUAAGGGUGUGAGUGUAGAGUAUCAUUUUAAAGUCAUUGUUAUUAUAACAUCAUUGGAAAUUAGAAAAAAAAAAAGAAUAAAAAUAUUUUGAAAUUUAAAUUGAUAUUUUAUAAAUAUGUGAAAAGAACAACACUAAUCAUGAAUACGUAAAUGGAAUUAAAAUUCGGUUUGUUAUCCUAUGGAAAUGUACAAAUUGUAUAAAAUGGUUGCUGUAUUUAUAGUCUGGUUUUAGAGAGUUACAAAUCAUGUGGCAGUGGUUACAUGUAUGUUGAAGUUUGGGAAUAUUGACAAUUUUAUUUAGUUCAUUAUUAUAAUUUGAUCUGUUUGGAACAAUUUGCUUGUAAAAUGAAUAGCAUAUGAGGAUUUUAGUUCCAUUUUUACUCAUCUAGGAUCUAUUCUUGAUUAAUGCAUACUAGUGGUUACUGUUGGAUCAUUCUACUUAAUAGAAUAGAUGUGAGUGGGAUAGGAAGUGGAGCUCUGCAAUAGUAUGAUUUUCUUUUGACAUUCUCUAUUAUUAUUAAAGACUGUAUAAGUCUAUAUAACGAACCCAUUAUUUGAAUUGUGCAUAUUGUAUAUUAAUCAGUGUUUAAAGCUUGUGCUCGCGUAUUAUUGUUCUAAAUGUAAUCUUCAUUAUAUAACUUGCCACACUACAUCUAGUAUCAUUAUUUUUCUUAAUAAAAAUAAAACACUGUAAUUGAAUAAUA